AUUAAUACUUUCGCCGAUAAUCUUCGUCAGAUAUAGUUAUGUUUUCUGAUGUGGUGGAUCAUCCACUUUAACGGAUUAAUUUUUUAUAGAUAUAAUAAAGUGCAAGCAGGGGAUGGAUAGGGAGGUACUGAAGAUGGACCACGGCCAUGAGGUGGAGGUGUCCAGCGGCGGACGACGCCGGCCAAAGCUCCGGACACGCGAGGUAUGGGCCAAGAAACUGGACUUUCUCGUCGCGUGCAUCGGGUUUUCUGUUGGUCUUGGCAACGUGUGGAGAUUCCCGUUCCUGUGUUACCGAAAUGGUGGAGGUGCCUUCUUGGUUCCAUACUUCAUCGCCGUCUUCCUUGGAGGUAUCCCAAUGUUUUUCCUGGAAGUUGCCCUCGGACAGUUUAUGAGCGAGGGCGGCAUCGGCCCGUGGAAGAUAGCGCCUCUCUUUAAAGGUAUUGGUUACGCCACCGCCGUCAUCGUGUUUCUCCUCAACUGUGAGUACAACAUCAUCCUCUCCUGGGCGUUCUACUACAUCUUCGCCUCCUUCACCCCCACCCUCCCCUGGUCCCACUGCCACAACGCCUGGAACACGCCCAACUGCUCCACGUUCGAUGCCCCGACCUUGACCUUCAGCAACGUGUCCGGCGGCAAUGUGAACCUCCCGAACGUGUCGCUGGGCGGCGUUCUGGAAACUUCCUUCAACGUCUCGGACAGUCUCGGCGUGGGCGGGAUCUCUGACGUCACGCAACUACUGGACAACGGAACCGGGGGCAUGUUCCAGAUUAUUCCCAAGGCCAUGACGUCAGAUCCUGUCACGGAAUUUUGGGAACGUAAAGUGCUGGGCCUGUCCUCUGGGGUAGGAGAACCAGGUACCAUCAAGUGGGACAACGCCCUGUGUCUGCUGCUGGCCUGGGUCAUCGUCUACGUCUGCAUCUGUAAAGGGAUUAAGUCGUCAGGGAAGGUCAUGUACUUCACUGCCAGUAGCCCUUACGUCUUCAUGUUCAUCUUACUAGUCAGGGGCGUCACGCUGGAGGGGUCCACCCAGGGGCUGUUGUAUUACCUCGACCCCAAGUGGGAGCGCCUUGCCGAUGCUCAGGUUUGGGUAGAUGCUGGCACACAAAUAUUCUUCUCCUACUCCAUCUCGCUGGGUACCUUGACAGCAUUGGGGAGCUACAACAAAUUUCAUCACAACUGUUUCAGAGACAGCCUCAUCUUCGCCAUCGUCAACACAUUCACAAGUCUCCUCGCCGGCUUCGUCAUCUUCUCCAUCCUAGGCUUCAUGGCCUUCAAACAAAAUGUUUCAGUAGAGGACGUUGCCGAGUCAGGUCCAGGCCUGGCCUUCAUUGCCUACCCUGAAGCUGUUUCCCAGAUGCCUUUAGCGCCGUUUUGGUCGGCUUGUUUCUUCAUCAUGCUCAUACUGUUAGGCUUGGAUAGUCAGUUUGUUGGGGUCGAGGGUUUCAUCACCGCCUGUGUUGACCUGUGUCCAGACGUCUUAAGACGGGGCUACCGCAAAGAAAUGUUCACGGCUAUAGUCUGUGUCGUCUGCUACAUCAUCGGUCUGUCGAUGGUCACUGAGGGUGGGAUGUACGUGUUCCAACUUUUUGAUUACUACUCAGCCAGCAGGAUCGUGAUGGUGGUGGCUGUGGUUGAGUGUCUAGUUGUCGCCUAUGUCUAUGGUGUUGAUCGAUUCUGUGACAACCUGAUCAUCAUGUUUGGGUUCCAGCACAAGUUGGGAACAAAACUGUUCAGGUGGUACAUCCGGGUCUUUUGGGCGUUUCUCAGUCCCUUCUACACUCUGGCCAUCUUCACCCUGGGCUGUGUCAGCUACUCCGAGGUCGAUUAUAAGCGGAAGUUCGUCACCUACGUCUUCCCGUCCUGGGCUAUCGGGAUUGGCUGGACAUUGGCGCUGGUCAGUGUGGUCUUGAUACCCGUCUUCAUGGUCCAGGGCUUGAUGGUGACGCCAGGGACACUAGUACAGCGUUUGAGGCUACUCACCACCCCAAGGCUCAAGAAACAUCAGCUGAGACCCAACGAAGAUUUGACAAAAAUAAUUCUGGAGGAAAGUCAGGACCCUGUGUACCCAACAUGUCUUUUGUUAAUCAACGACAAAGAUCCUAGUUAGGUUUUAUUAUACUGGGUAUUAAUUGUUAGCGUAUCAUAUAUCGUCAUUGUUGCUAAGUAUUAAUGUAAUUUAAAUGCGAUUUUUGUUACUUGAUAAUGGCUUGUUUUUGCCAUUAGUAAGAAUAAUUUUUUAAAAAUAUAAUCACAAAAAGUAUUUUUUUUAAAUCAGUUUACACUUACAGUUAGAUAAUUGAAUUUCAAUUUUAGUGUCAAGGCAAAACUUUUUCGUAUUUAUUACGAAUAAUAUGUACUUGUUAUUACUUUGUUUUUCCAUUUUGUUAGAUUGUUUCUUUCAAAUAUGUGUUCUUUUCUAGUCUACAAUUUUAUGAUAAAAUAAUGUAAACGGCUACUGUCGUAAACUAUUUACUUUGGACUGAAAGUAAUGUAGCAGCAAAGGACAAAAUCACGUAAUUUGGACUCAACGUUAUAUAGGGCUAGCGACAAUAGCCCAAAUGUGGUAUUUACCUAGAAAGGUUGGGUUCUGUGUUAUUUUAGACGUUAGAUAUUUUAACACACGAACCCAUGAAGGAGAGUUUGUACUUUUGAAUACCUGUUUAUAGUAAUCUACUAAAAAUUUCAACAACUUUGUCAUCUUUAUGAGACGGGAAAAUAACAUUUGAAAUAUUAUUUGAAAGAGUUGUGUCAGGUCUAUUUAAAGACGUAAUAACGUUAUUUACUUGAACUGGACAGCCCAAUUCCCUGAAUGAAAAUGAGGUGAGCGCAUCUUUAGUUUUAAAAAAAUGUUUCCCAUUUAAAAAACAUCAUAAAAAUUGUAUUUUUUUUAAAAAUGUUCUUUUAUUCAGAUACGAGCUGACAAUGGGCGUAGCAAACGCCGCUAUCUAGUUGUUUUGUUUUCUACUUUUCAGUAAUUUAUAAUUUGUAAAAUUCGACUCUACCAAUGUUGCGACUAAAAAUAUUUUGCUUUAAACCACUAUCAUUAGCUCGUGAAGGACGAUUAUCCUAACCCUCUCCGCAAGCGUGGUGGUAUCCACGUAGAUACUCACCCCUAUGGGGAAAUCUCAGGGUAACAUUGCAUUUGCCCACCACACCUUGUUAUCUUGAUUCCAAAUUUAGAUGGCCUAUAUUACAUGUAAAAGUUGUGUAUCGAUUGGUAUGUUCAACACCCCUGAAAAACCUCUGGUGAUUGUCAUCUCAAUCUCCUCAAUCACCGCGAUUCGAUUAUUUAUUGUUAUGAUCGCAGUAACACACCUGAUUUGUAUAUAUAUAAAGGUGUGCGUGUGUGUGCGUGCGAG